AUGGACGUCUUGCUGUUGGAUCUAAACGACGCGUCGCGAGCCUCGUCGAUUAGUCUGUCCAAUAGUAGGCUGCCGUCCCGCGAUUUACGGACAGGGGAUGUGUGUCAGGUGAAAGUAGUCGGCGCGUUCGCGGUCGUGCAGCAGAAGAGCCGCCUUUCCUGGAAGCUUCUCGCUAUUCCCGCGGUCGCGAAUGCCGGUAGAAGCGGUAGCAGUGCCGGGGGGGAGGAUGACGUGGCGGAUCAAAUCAGUGACGUGGCAGACGUGCAUUCGAUGUUCCCUGGCCUGCUUGACGACAUUCGCGAAUGGCUGCGAUUCUGCGACUGCAUCGAUCCAGACGAUGAGGAGAACGAAUUUGGACUCAAUCAAAGGGCCGGCGCUGCUGACGUGGCGCUAGCAAUCAUUGCGCAGGCGCAUGCUUCCUGGCAGCUUCUCACCGACGACUCCCCGCCGCCUUCCCCCUGGAGCCCCGCUAACGUCGUGCUCUCGGCACGCAUUUUGCAGGAGAAAUGGCGCAAGUAUACUGAUCAGUACUACAUGGAGACGGCUUGUAAAGGAGAUGGGAAGGGUGGCCGCUGGGAGGGUGAGAGGGGGGAAAGGCAGUUCAGUGUGGGGAGCUUGGGAAGCUGGCAAGGGGGAGGUGGGAGUGGGUAUGUGAGUGGGAGUGGGAGUUUGAGUGGGGGUGUUGCUGCUGCUGCUCCUCCGCUCAACCUCCCCUUUGUUCCGUUCAGCGAUCCCACCACCUCGCGGGCUGGAAGGAGGUUCGACAGAGCGUGGGAGGAGACAAGCAGAGCAGGCUCGUUCGCUGUCAGCAGUGCCCGUUCGUUUUCUGCUGCUGCUGCUGGUGAUGCUGAUGGGAGUGGUGGUGCUGGGGGUGGUGUAGGGAGCGGAUUGCGGUUUGGCGGCUCUUAUAGGGAGUCUCGGAUCAGCUCUUACGGGGGAUCGUCCGAAGGGCCUAGCAUGGUGGGGGUGAAGCUGAGAAGUUGCAAGUCAGGGCCCAUGGUUGUGAGGUUUGGAGCUUUGAAGCAGGAGGAAGGGGAUGAGGGGGAAGAGGGGAGUAAGUGGAGGAAGGGAGAGGAGGGGAAUCAGGAGCAGAAGCAGGAGGAAGUGGAGGAGGGACACGGUAACAGGUCGUACAGGUCGGUAGAGUGCGGUGGAAUGCAGUCUCGUGCGGCCCGAAGCAGCCCUGGUGUUUCGGAAUCAGCAGGAGGUGGGGGGACAGCAGCAGCUGCGUUUGCUGCUGCUGCGGCUGGUGGUGGUGGAAUGAAAGCUCGUCGCAAGUCGGGGUCAUGGGAUUUCGGUAACAUGACUGUUGGAGGGGUGUGGAUACCCGAUGCUCUAGCAGCGAGUAACAGCGUUACCACUGGUAACAUCUUAACACCUUUCAACACCAUUGGUGGCAUAGGUUUCGCCACCGAUGCGUUUGCUGACAUUUGCGCCCCUAACGAGAAUGACAGUGCCACUGUAGCAGAGGGGACUGGUGGUAACCGGGUAACACUAACAGGUAACAAGACACCGGCCACAGAGCACAGCAGAGGCUUUCCUCUCUUUAGACACAGCAGCUUGAACCGGGGCUUACUUAACGACCACAAAACAGCUCUGGCCAAGAUCGGCGCCCUCUGGGGCGGAGGAGGCUUGGACCGACCUCCUCCCGAAGCUGGCAUGCAGGUUCGGGAAUCCGCCAAACUUGGCGGCGAGGUGCAAGAAACUUCCAAGCCUGAUGGGGCCAGUCGGGCAGUGCAACGGCGGUGGGGGGGUUGGAGGUAUGGACCUUUGGGUGGUCGUAUGGCUGAAAGCCCCUGCGUCGGAGGAGGUGGUAUUGGUGGCAGAAGGAGGAGGGGGAGACAGGGCAACAGCAACUGGCCUUCCCUCUCCUCAUCCUCGUUUGGAGACGCUUCAAUAGCAGACACACUCGAUCUCGCAUCUCCCCGCACCAGCCUGAGUGACGCCUGGGAUCAGGUCCUCAUCUCUUCCUUGGAUGAUGAUGCCUCUCUCCUUCCCCUGCCGCCCUCCCUCACUGCUGCCGCGCAUCCUCUGGAUGAUACUGUUGCUGCUGCUGCGGCGGCGGUGGUGGCAGGAAGGGGAGGUGAAGCAGCAGCAGAGACUGAGCAGGACGGUGAAAGAGGUAUUGGCAGCGAUAGGCUACAGAUGGAAACUCUGGACAACAGGUCGGGUGACAGUAAUGGGAUGCUGCAGGGCGGCAGCAGCAGUGGUUUGGGAGCACGGCCCGUCUCAGCAGUCUCAACCGCAUCCGUGGCGUCAGUAGCUUCUUCUGUAGUCACGGCCACUGCUUGCCAGGGGAUGGAGCCUUGGCUUCCCAGCACACAGAGGGAGGCGGCAUGGCACAAAGGCUUGGACUCACCGGAAGCAGAGAUGAGAGGGAUGGGAGAGGACGGAUCAGGAGUGGAAGUGAUUCCAUCGGGCAUAUCCCUUCCGACCACCCCCUCUCUCCCGUCGUCCCUUCCCUCCCCCACCUCCACCGUUUCCUCGGCAACCAUCAGCAUUCCCCGAACCUACAGCAGCUCCGGGUAUGGGUUGAGCCCGCCGAAUCUGAGAGGGCAGGUUCGGAGUGAGGUGCUACAGCUGCCAGCAUGGGUGGAUGAGAAAGCUGGAGCGAGAGGGAAUGGAGGGGAAGUGGGGAUGGGAAGAGUGAGGGGGAGUGAGGAGGCACAGGGUGCAGAAGGGACAGAGUCGGAAGGGGAGGAGCGGAGGGAGAAAGCAUGGGAGAGGAAGAGGGAGGAGGAAAGGGAGAGGGAGUGGGAGAGGGAGAGGGAGCGGUUUGUGGUAGGAAAUGUGAGUUUCAGGGAGGGGGAAAGAAAGGAGGGGGAUAGUGAGGGUAAAGAAGUUAUUGACAAGGAGGGAGGAGGUGUAACAGCGACUGGUGGUUGUUUGGGUGGUAGUGAAGCAAGGGAGGAACGGUCUAGGAAGAUGAGGAGGCAGGUGUCGUUCAAUUCUGUUGUGAAGGUCUACGAGUAUGACGAUGUGCGAUAA